AUGUCCGGGUAUGAAAUAACAAACACUUACGGCUCCAAGGAUUUGAACACAGACGAGAAGAUUUCAUAUUUCAAGACCUUAAUAAGUACAAAAAUUGAGCAUUACACUUCAUGGCUGUUGGUAGUUGAUAAUGUGACCAGCAUAUCUCGUACAAGCAAUCAUUUGCCAGAUGCAGGAAACGAGCUGUGGGCAAGGGGUCAGAUGCUAAUAACAACACAAGACACUGCGUCUAUACCGUUGUCAAGCUCUUCCAUACAAAAUAUCUCAAUCAGCGCAGGAAUGCAACCUGAUGAUGCGUGCUUUCUGCUUAACCUCCUUUCUGGUAUCUCAGAUGCCAAGAUGGAAAAAGAAAUUGCGAAAGAACUAGACUACCAGCCACUUUCAUUGGCAGCCGCAGCCACGUAUGUGAGACAAGUUCGUCAGAAUAAAGGAACCUCGAAAUUUGGCUGGACCGACUAUUUGAAGAAAUUGGAAGAGGGGAAACGAAGCAAUACUGAAAGCAUUCUUGCUGCGACAAAUCCAGCCUAUCCGCAGACCAUGACCAAAGCAAUAACACUCGCUGUCGAAAUGGUGAUGGAAAAUGAUAUAAUUUUGCAUCACAUGUUCCUUUUUCUUUCAAUGUGUGCAUGUGUGCCGAUACUGCAAUACAUUAUUAUCGAGUAUGUUAAAACAACAGAUGACGAAUUUGAAGAUGAAGAUAUGAUAAGAACGAGGAUGAGUCGAUGUUCACUGUUGCUAAUUGAAGAAGAAUCAACUGGUGUUUAUAUUCGAGUCCAUGGUGUCGUUCUUGAUGUUAUUAAAUCUGCGACAAAAGGUUUCGCAAAGGAUCAAAGCUACAAAGUGGUGUAUGGCGCGGUAAUGUCUUUCUCAAAAUUUGAAGAGCUGGAAUCUAUUGUUGUGGGAACAAGAAUAGUUCCCCAUCUUAAAACGUUGAGCUUAAAAAUUGAAGACAUGUCACUCGGGAAAGGAAUACCAGAAGCGACCAAUAGAGCCUUGUGUAAUUUUCCGUAUGGCCUUUGGAGACUUACUGACAUGUGCCUAAACCACAGUGAGUUUAGAGCAGCGCUAGUCUAUGGUAAAUGGCUGUUAAAAAUUCAGAUGAAACAGCUGGGACCUGAGCAUGUUGAUGUUGCACGCUCUUACAACAAUCUGGGUACUUUAUACAAGGCUCUGGGCGACACAGAUGAAGCAAAAGACUGGUAUAAGCGUGCACUGGAGAUUCGUCUGAAAAAGCUGGGACCUGAACAUGUGGAUGUUGCAACCUCUUACAACAAUCUGGGUACUUUACACAAGGCUCUGGGAGACACAGAUGAAGCAAAAGACUGCUAUAAGCGUGCACUGGAGAUUCGUCUGAAACAGCUGGGACCUGAGCAUGUUGAUGUUGCAACCUCUUACAACAAUCUGGGUACUUUACACAAUGAUCUGGGCGACACAGAUGAAGCAAAAGACUGCUAUAAGCGUGCACUGGAGAUUCAGAUGAAACAGCUGGGACCUGAGCAUGUUCAUGUUGCAGGCUCUUACAACAAUCUGGGUAAUUUACACAAGGCUCUGGGCGACACAGAUGAAGCAAAAAGACUGCUAUAAGCGUGCACUGGAGAUUCGUCUGAAAAAGCUGGGACCUGAACAUGUGGAUGUUGCAACCUCUUACAACAAUCUGGGUACUUUACACAAGGCUCUGGGAGACACAGAUGAAGCAAAAAGACUGCUAUAAGCGUGCACUGGAGAUUCUGAUGAAACAGCUGGGACCUGAGCAUGUUCAUGUUGCAGGGUUUUACAACAAUCUGGGUACUUUACACAAGGCUCUGGGAGACACAGAUGAAGCAAAAGACUGCUAUAAGCGUGCACUGGAGAUUCGUCUGAAAAAGCUGGGACCUGAGCAUGUUGAUGUUGCAACCUCUUACAACAAUCUGGGUAAUUUACACAGUGAUCUGGGCGACACAGAUGAAGCAAAAGACUGCUAUAAGCGUGCACUGGAGAUUCGUCUGAAAAAGCUGGGACCUGAACAUGUGGAUGUUGCAAGCUCUUACAACAAUCGGGGUAAUUUACACAGUGAUCUGGGCGACACAGAUGAAGCAAAAGACUGCUAUAAGCGUGCACUGGAGAUUCUGAUGAAACAGCUGGGACCUGAGCAUGUUCAUGUUGCAAACACUUACAACAAUCUGGGUAAUUUACACAGUGAUCUGGGCGACACAGAUGAAGCUAAAGACUGCUAUAAGCGUGCACUGGAGAUUCGUCUGAAAAAGCUGGGACCUGAACAUGUGGAUGUUGCAACCUCUUACAACAAUCUGGGUACUUUUACACAAGGCUCUGGGAGACACAGAUGAAGCAAAAGACUGCUAUAAGCGUGCACUGGAGAUUCUGAUGAAACAGCUGGGACCUGAGCAUGUUCAUGUUGCAAACACUUAUAACAAUCUGGGUAAUUUACACAAGGCUCUGGGCGACACAGAUGAAGCAAAAGACUGCUAUAAGCGUGCACUGGAGAUUCGUCUGAAAAAGCUGGGACCUGAGCAUGUUGAUGUUGCAAGGUCUUACAACAAUCUGGGUAAUUUACACCGUGAUCUGGGCGACACAGAUAAAGCAAAAGACUGCUAUAAGCGUGCACUGGUAAUA